AUGUCUUCAGAGGCUUCCCCCAAGAGUGACUUUAACCCGAUCAAACAACUGAUUGAGGACCGGUGCGAUGAACUGAGACGAGACUCCACCGCAAUCCGGGAUGACAUGAAGGGUUUGGCCCGAGCUCUCCACGAGCAUGAACCGGACGUCGAAACUAUGCGAACCUACGCCGAUGAAGCUCAUGAGUCUGUCCAGGCUAUCAGAGAAGAGUCGAGCUUGGUGAUGUCAAGAUUCGACAGCCUCGACCGCUUUAUCAGCAAUCUACAAGAUCAGCAAGACGACUUCCGCCACCACGUGCUUGAUAUUGCGAAGGAGUCUCGAAAUCGAUCUCACGCGCACUCGUAG